AUGCCAAGGGUCAGGAGGCGAAUACUCAUUGAUGAUGAAAUUGAAGACACUCCUGCUCGAACCUCCACCACCGAGCCUGUUUUGAUUUAUUCUGACGAGGACACCGAACCAAGAGAUAAUAAUAAGUCAAUUCAGCAUCUUUUUGAUAGUGGUUUCGGAAGUGACGAGCUCGACCCUGUUUUUGAUGAAGCUCCUCUUACCUCAUUCGUUCCUAUUUCCUCCAUUCCACUGCCAACCAUAAGUAUUUCUUUACCAAUUUUGACGACUUCCGUUCUUUUGCCAGUUUCUACUGCUCCUAUGUCCGUUCCUACGUUGGUUUCUACAUCUUCUCCUUCCAUUCCUGUUUCUGCAUCUUCUCCUUCCAUUCCUUCCAUUGCUACUCUUCCCUCUGUUCAUCAUACAGAGACGGGUUCUAGCAGUGGAAGUAUGACUAUGAGAAGUGUUACUCUGAAAGUUCCUGCCAACCAUAGCCUCUUGAGAAAGACUGAACAAUUAUCAAAGACUAGUGAAGAAGUUAGGGAGCUGAAGACACUUUUGGCUAAGAAAGAAGAGUAUGCAGGAGAGUUAGUGCAAAGCUUGACUCAAGCUGACUUACAGACCUCCUCUGACGAGAUUCAUGCCUUGAAGACUGAGCACCAAAUCUUGAAAAACGAUCUUGCUAUGUGGGAAAAGGAAUAUGGGCUUCUGGAAGAGAACUUCAACAUAGAAGUGAGUUGGGCUUUCCUAAAAUCUCGCCGUGAUGCUUUAAUGGAAGCUGCUCAGGAAGGCUUUGACUUGCAGUCUGAACUGGCCAAAGUCGUAGAUACCAUCGAGAAAAGUCAACAAUCUACUGAUACUCCUUCUCCUGUACUUGAAGCUCCUGGAACGGAAGAACUUUUAAAUGAAGAAGUGGCUACAGCAGCAAUUGGGGUUGCAAUUCCUGCUCCCGAGGGUGAAACUUCUGAUGUUCCAAACCCUUCAGUGACUAGCUGA